UGCCGGAUUUGGCUGCCAUGAUUCGGAGUUUUUUGCAGUGAUUUUCGCAUUUGUUUGUCGAGUUUUUCAAGGAGAGUUUUAUUGCAAUUACCGGAGUUUUCGAGUGUUACUUGUUCAUCAGAGUGCGGAAGAAGUCUUGGUACACCUGUGCAAAGUGAUCAAGUGAGUGAAUUGCGCGUAGAGGAUGUCAUACGACGGCCAGAAGACGCCCUCAUGUCCACCACCGCCGCCAUGGCAGCGUAAUUCCAUCAACCAAGCCGGUCAGCAAAUUUCCAACCUGCAGACUCACUUGGGCUUGGCGAAUCAGGCGCUGGUGACUUAUGCACAGAACCAGCCGGUGUACAACACCAAUAUAGCAAUGGCGCAGCAGCAGGGAGGACAGCAGCAACAAAACCUCUCCCUGAUCUCACAGAUUAGCGGCUCUCUCGCGAGUCAGCUGCCGACCAACCAGAUCUUCACGCAGUCCGUGAGUUAUCCCACGUCCAGAACGCUUAAUCCCAUCGCUUUCAGUCAGCAGCCCGCGGGCACACAGCACAGCCAGCAAACGCUGCCUUUGGGACAGACGCCGGCUUCCUUGGCCAAGUCUCAUGGCGUGUUCAACGGCAUCGGAGUGGUGACGAAGAUGCAGGGCGACAUUGGGUUUAUCGACAAGGAGGUGUUCUUCAACAAGAACGUCUGCGCGAAGGGAUGCUUCCCCAAAGUGGGCGAUCGAGUGCUCGUGGAGGUGACAUACAACCAGAAGAUGCCCUUCAAGUGGAACGCCACUCGAGUGCAAGUGGUCUCGACCACCGGAAGCUCCUCGAUGCAAUCCCAGAAUAGAUCAAUGAUGUCCAUAACCCACAAAUCUUCAUCGUACAGCUCUGGCUCGCCGUCAGAGAACGGAUCUAAUUAUAGCAGGAAUAUGAGUCGCAGUCGACGUGCGACACCCUCGCCGCCACGCAUCUCCGAUCGACACAGCACCAGCUCGCGAGAUCCGCGUCUCCGCGAGUCUGACACACGACACGAGGAGGACGAGAAGAGGCGUCGUCGUCACUCUCGCGAAAAGGAGAGAUACCGCGAGAGGAGGGACUCCACGCCGGAGAGGCGCGAAAGGAGUCCUCCCAGGAGGUCGUCACCGCCCAGAAAGAAGCGCACUCGCGUCAUUCCGCGCUACAUGGUGCAAGUGCCGCGAGUCUGUCUCACUGUCAAGGAGGCAGACGUUCUGGCGCUGAAGAGAAGAUACAACAACCUCUAUAUUCCAUCGGACUUCUUCUACACGAAUGUUAAGUGGUCUGACGCAUUUCCACCCAAUGCGCCCUUCUCCAUUCACAAGCCGUGCUCUUUUCACAUCAUGAACAAAGAUGUGGAGCCCGUGGUGUGCGGGGAAUUGCCAGCAGAACCGGCGGAUGUGGACUAUCUCUUCUCGGCAAAGGUCAUGCUAAUGGGAUGUCCUCCGAUUGACGAAAUGUACAGCAAAUGCAUCACAAUGGCGGAGGAUAAGGAGAAGGAUGAUGAUCGUGAUGUUGUGCAUCCGUCGAGACUCAUCAAUUUCUUGGUUGGCGUGCGCGGAAAGAAUGAAGCAAUGGCAAUUGGCGGUCCCUGGAGUCCUUCCAUGGAUGGAGAGAGUCCCCAGUCGGAUGUGUCCGUUCUCAUUCGCACUGCCAUUCGCAAUUGCAAGAGCUUGACCGGCAUUGACUUGUCCAACUGCACCCAAUGGUACCGUUUCGUGGAGCUAUACUAUCGACGUGGCGAGGUUGUGCAGAAAGGACGCAUUGUUCCGCCACGAAUUGAAACGGUCGUCAUUUUUCUGCCAGAUGUCCGAUCGUGUAUUCCGACGCGUCUCGAGUGGGACGCCCUUCAUGGGAAAUAUAGGCACACCUUGGAUCGUAUCCUGCUGCAGGAGGACGAUUUGCCGUCCGAUGGUGAAUCCUUGGCUACUUCGGGUGUUGAUGCAGGGGUUGUUGUUCCUAAGGCGGAGUCUCCUGAUGAUGAUGCCGCGAAGGAGCGCGCAGAGAGUGCGGAUGCGGUGAAGGAGGAGAAGAGUGCUGCCGAAGAGUCGUCGAACGAGAAGGCCACCGAAGCCGCCGCCCAAGUGCCAGCAGCCAGUGAGAAGCAGCCGGAGGAGCAGACUGUGGCGGACGAUGGUGCAGUAGCAACAGAAAAGGAUGAAACUGCUGAGGCUGAUGUAGUGCCUGAACAAGAACCCACGCAUCACUCCAAUCUGGAUCCGAAGACCAUGAAGAUUCAGGAGUUGAGAGAUGAAUUGUCUGCUAGAAAUAUUUCGGCUAAAGGUACGGAAGUAGAAGAUAGUAGCUCAGAAGGGUUAGAAUUAGAAGGUCUUAAAUCUCAACUUGCGCUGCGCCUGGCAAAGGCUCUGAAGGUUGAGAUGGAAACAGAGGCGAAUGAGGCCGAAAAAGUGGCGGUGUCUGAGGGAAAAGAGGUAACCGAAGAAUCCGAAGUAGUUGAAGCACUGAAGGAGAAUGAAGAACCAAUGGAGGUGGAGAAGACCAAGGAAUCGGAACAGGUAUUGGGAGCUGAGGAACAAGCGGAAGAUGUAGAAAAUGCUGAGAAGGUAGAGAAUUCCAAAAACGCGGAGCAACCUGAGGGUGAAGAUGCUGUGCAAAGUGAGAAGGUGACGAAUUCUGAAGAAAAGAUGGAAACUGAGGAAUCCGAGCAGGCUGGAGGAGUUCAAACACAAACUGAGAAGAAGGGGGAGAUCGCUAAGAAGAGAGAAUGCUCGCAAGAGGCCGAAGAUACAUUGUUCAAUGAGAGUGACAUGGCAGAUAUGGUAGUGAUUGAUGAGGUGGGAGGUUCAAAGGCGAAUGAAAAGCCUCCAGAGGAGAAGCCUAAGAAGGUGGAGAAGAAACCACUGGACGAACGUGAGAAGCAAGCUCUGGAGAAAAAGUACACGCUUCCCGAAUCACCGCAGAUCAUUGUACAUCCCUCGAAGCAGGCAAAGGGUGGGAAAUUCGAUUGUACAAUAAUGUCUCUGUCUGUGCUGUUGGACUAUCGUCCGGAGGACACGAAGGAGCACACAUUUGAAGUUUCCCUCUUUGCGGAGUUGUUCAACGAGAUGAUGAUGCGAGACUUUGGCUUCAACAUCUACAAGGCUCUCAAUUUGGUGCCGGAGAAGAACAAGGAUGCGGAUGUGAAGAAGGAUGAUAAGAAGAUCGACACCGUGACAAUUGAGGACAGUCCGGCAAAGGAGAGUGCCAAGGAGUCGUCCAAGAAGUCGUCUGACGACAAGGAGGCUAAAGAGAAGGACAAGGACGAUGAUGAGUCCAAGAACAAGAAGUCUGAUCGUGAUAAAUCCGAGCGCUCUAAACACUACGAUGAUUCGGAUGAUGACAGUGUGUCCGUGAAGUCUGGCGAGAAGAGGAAGCGUGAGAAGGAUCGCCAGAAAUUCUACACUGCCUCUCCUGACUUGUUGCUCUCUUUUGUGUACUUUGACCAGAGCCACUGUGGUUACAUUUAUGAGAAGGACGUUGAAGAUCUCUUUCACACAUUGGGAUUGGAUCUCUCGCGCGCGCAGAUCCGAAAGCUUGUGGGAAAAACUAUUUCCCGAGAUUCCCUCCAAUAUAGGAAACUCACGGAUCAGGUGAAGGAGGAAAAGUCGGAGACGACAGAAGAAGUGGUGAAGCAGGAGAAUUUGGAGGAUACACUGACUGACGAUGUUAUUAAGGGAAACAAGAUGUACUUGCCGGUGUUCAGAGAUGUUCUCAAGUCUCUCAACUCAACCGACGAGCCGCCGCUCAAGAGAGUGAAGACAGAAGCUGCAGAGGAAGUUACUGUGGGACAGGAAUCAAGUGGGUUUGUCAUGCACAAUGGUGGGAUUGUUGAUGUGGAGAAAAUGCUGGGACAAAUGUCACGCUCGGAGAAGGCGCUUGAGGACACUGAGAAGCUCCUGGUUGACAUGAGGAAGCAGAUUGCCGAACUGCAGGCAUCGAAUUCCAAGGCGAAUAACAAGAUAAAGGAUCUGUCGUCUGACCUUCGCAGCGUGAAUCGCAAAUUGACCGACACGGAGCAGAUUCUGAACAGUACGCAGAAGAGGUGCAAUGAUUACUACGCAAUCUUGUCCACGGUCAAUGAGAAGGUGUCGCCGGUGUUUGCCAAGUCUGAAAGAUCCGAAAAAUCUCACAGGAGCGACUCGCGAUCCCGCGAACCGAGGGAACGAGACCGAGAGUCGAAGGAGUCGUCCAAGUCAGAGACAACGAAGAAGGACGAGUAAUCUCAGUUAUUGUAUUAGCUUGUUCUUCUGGAACCACUUUGCGCAGUAACAUUAUUGAAUUGAAUAUAGUAUGAGCGAACUAAUGAACAGUACAGGCAAUGUAAUCAUUUUAUGAGAUAUUGAAAUCAUAAUAAAAAAAAAAUCUUGUGUGACCUA